AUGCCGUUUGGAUUGUGCUAUGCUCCAGCAACGUUUGAAAGGCUGAAGGAGCUUGCACUUACCGGGCUAAUUGGCGAUGCCUGUCUAGUCUACUUGGGUGAUAUCAUCAUCGUAGGCCGUACGUUUGACGAACACCUUCAAAACCUGGAACGCGUGCUCAUGAAGAUCCAGAGUGCCAACCUCAAGUUGAGUCCGAAGAAAUGUUCACUAGUCAAAAGGCAAGAUAGCUUUUUGGGGUAUGUAGUGUCGGAAGAAGGUAUCCACACGGAUUCAGAGAAAAUUGCUGCUGUCAAGGAUUGGCCGGUUCCAAAAGAUAAGACGCAGUUUAGAGCAUUUUUGGGCUUGUCCUCCUAUUAUCGGCGAUUUGUGAAGAAGUUUGCAGAUAUAGCCAAACCUCUGCACAAGCUAACCGAGGAGAAACGACAUUUCUGCUGGGAUGAAUGUUGCGAUAUCGCAUUCCAGGAGCUCAAGGACCGUCUGUGCAAAACACCUAUUUGGGGGCAGAAAUUUCACUUACAAACUGACCAUGCUGCACUGAAAUGGCUAUUGCAGUUCAAAAAUCCGGAAGGACAAGUUGCGAGAUGGAUUGAACUACUGCAGGAAUACGACUUUGUGAUCGAACAUCGCAGCGGGAAAUCUCGUUGCAAUGCAGACGAAUUGUCAAGAAGACCUUGUACUGUAGAUUGCAAGCAUUGUACUAGGCAAGAGGGUAAGGAAGUGAUAUCUGUGAGGAUGUUCAGGACAGACCAGUUCAGCAAUGAGUGGGAGGACAGCCUACAAUAUGCACAGCAGGAAGAUUCGGACAUUUAG